GGGGAAAAGAGAGAGCUGCUGCAAUGGCCCCCCAUCUCCUUCCUUGGCUCUUGUGCCUCAUCCUUUCGCUGGUGGGAUCCAGCUCUGCCGCUGAAGAUGACUUAGUGGUGGUAACCAGCAGUGGCUCAGUCCGGGGAAAGCGUCUCCCGGCUGGCUCUGGCAACGUCACAGCCUUUUUAGGCAUCCCCUAUGCUGAGCCCCCUGUAGGCAAGCUGCGCUUCCAGAAGCCCGUUCCCCGUCAGCCAUGGAGCCAGGUCUUGGAGGCCACCAACUUCAGCAAUUCCUGCCCCCAGAUAGUUAUUUCCGGCACUCCAGAUGCCGAAACAUGGACUGCCAACACGCCCCUCUCAGAGGACUGCCUCUACCUCAACGUCUGGGUGCCCCAUCCUCGGCCCUCCAAGCCAGCUGCUGUCCUUGUCUGGAUCUAUGGCGGGGCCUAUUUUGCUGGCACAAGCUCCCUGGUGGUGUACAACGCGGCAUUCCUAGCUGCUGCCGAGAAUGUCAUUGUGGUCUCCAUGAAUUACCGCCUGGGGCCUCUAGGCUUCCUUUCGUUGCCACCAGCUGUCCCAGGGAACAUGGGCCUGAUGGACCAGCAGCUAGCCAUGUCUUGGGUGAAGCAUAAUGCAGCUGCCUUCGGUGGAGACCCUACUCAGAUAACCAUUUUUGGCGUGAGUGCUGGAGGAGCCUCUGUUGCAUUUCACCUCCUCUCGCCUGGGAGCCAGCCUCUUUUCCAUCGUGCUGUGCUAGAGAGUGGAGCUUCCGUCACGGUCUGGGCUUGGCUGAAUCCUGAGGAGGCCAGGAGAAGAAGUCAGAAGCUGGCCAAGAAGAUGGGCUGUACUCAAGAAGAGGUCCCUGCUUUGGUGAGUUGCUUGCAGGGGAAGAACGCAUCAGAGUUCCAGACUGCCCAGUUCCUUGUUGUGGACCCCACAGUGGUUCCGAAUCUACCCUUUGCACCGACGACGGAUGGGGAGUUCCUCACCGAUGAGCCACGGAAGCUUCUAGAAUCCAAGAACUUCACGGCUAAGCCUAUCAUGAUUGGUACCACCUCCGAUGAAGGGUCUGCCUUCGUCGAAUAUGCAAGCCCUUUUUUGAACACAACCAAAGACUGCCUUUUGACCCGGGAGCAACUGUUGAAGGGGCUGCGGAUGACCGUCCGCGACGCGACCAGCGACUUCAUCAAAGCUGCAGCUGAGAGGUACAGUCAGGCAGAACCUGAAGGCCCAGCAAGGUACCGCUCGGCCAUGGCAAAAGCCUGUGGCGAUUACCUUUUCGUGUGCCCAGCCGCAGAUGUCGCCAAAGCAGUGACAGAGGCCGGAAGCCCCGUGUAUGUCUAUACUUUCCGCCACCGCAGCGUUGGCUCCGUUUUGCCUGAAUGGCUGGGGGCCAACCACGGAGCUGAGGUCCCAUAUGUUUUCGGAACUUUGACGCUGUUGAAAGGAACCAAGGAAAACCACACAAAAGCAGAGUUGGAGCUCAUUCCCCGUGUCAUGCGGUACUGGGCGGAGUUUGCCCGAAGAGGGUAA